UGUUUGUGUAACUGUUCAUGCACGUUCAAUAAAAGUUGUAUUAGCGUUGCUUAACGCUAUUUAGCCAGAUCAUUGGUACAAAUGGGAUGUUAGCAAGAAUACAGCAGUAAAGUAUAGCUAAAGAGAUCAUCAAUUAGCCUUUUAGGCUAACCUUAGCCGCAUGGAGUUGCCUAGUAAUAUCUACUAACGCUAGUUAACGUAUAUUCUGUUCUCAAGGCUAGUUAAAGCUAACGUUGGUGGAAUUAACGUUAGACGUUAACAACACAGCCUAAACAGCCAUUUAUCUGCGUUUAAGUAUAGCAGUCGUCCUGCUUUACCCUGUGUGCGGAAUGGAUGCAACUCAGAUGAUCAGUGACUCAAUCUUGGAGUCAGAUGAGGAAGAAAACGAAGAGGAAAAUGGAAAUAAGAGGGGACGACCAUUGGCUAAACUGUGCAUCUUAAAAAAUGAAUACAUCCCUGAGACAGAGUUGCCCCUCUUUUUGGGAGAUAAUGUGCUGGGCCGUGACCCCAACACCUGCACCCUACCUUUGCCAGCACCCUCAAUAUCCAAGCAGCACGCUACCAUCUGCCUCUCUGUCUACCGUAGAAGAGGUUGUCAUAGUGAAGUGGACAUAGAGGCUUUGGUUUGGGACCUAGGGAGCAUGAAUGGGACCCGCAAGGGUCGCUUAAAGCUGACUCCUAAUGUACGCUAUGCCCUCAGUGAAAGUGACAGUUUGGUGGUGGCGGACAUCCCAUGUCAGUAUGUCAGCUGUGCUGUAGAUGGAGUCUCUUCUGAAGGAGACAUGAGGACUCCUGUGAGCAGAAAUUCAGGGCUAAAGACGAGGCUGCCAGAUACCUCAGAAGAAAAGAGAGUUGACACAAGCACAGGCAGCAAAAAACAUGUCAAUGGUGGUUGCCUGUCCUUUGAGCAAACUCCAACCCAGCCGCAGGGGACCCUGGUCCCAGAAUCUGACACGGACUCAGACGGGGAAAGAGGGGGAGAAGGCGAUAGAAGGCGCAAGGCUCUAGUGUCCGAUUCUGACUCCCAUAAAUCCAGUCCCACUUGUUCAACAUUCUUGAGUCCCACAAACAAAAUAGUCCCUGAAAGUGAGGACGAAAGUCCCAUCACACCGUACUCCACUAAAAAUAGGCCUUUCAGACAUGUCAGCUUCAGCAAGGAGGGGACAGACGUAGAUGUGGGGCGACAGGAGCUGAAGGAAAAAAAAGCACUUGCAAUUGUGGACGACAGUGAAGAGGAGGAAGGAAGGGAGGAAGAAAGAGCAGCCCUAGGAGGGAGAAAGUCUGAGGAAAGUGGACAACAUGUGCCAGUAAAACAGGAAAGCAAUGUCAGUCUUACAGGAGUAGAUGAAUUGCCUGUAUCUACACCGGCAGUCUUCACAGAUGCGAUCCCUGCAUUUAACGUGGACAGUGACACUGAUGUGGAGGGAGAGGAGGAAGAGGUGGUAUCUGUGGGUCCUGUGACCUUGAAUACAAACCAACAAGCUGAUCAACCACCAAACACAGCUCAGUUUCUAAUUGACAGUGAUACAGAUGUCGAUGAUGAUGAUGAUGCCUUAGACAAAGUUCCCAAAUCAAUGCCUUUUUCUGCUGACAACACCAGACCUCCUCAUGUUAUUUCAGUUAUUCAGCCAGAGGCCAUCACUAUGGACAGUGACACUGAUGUGGAUGAUGACGCUGUUGUGUCAGACGCUGCUACAAAAGCAAAACCCAUGUCAUUUCAGAGCACACACACAGCUGCUCCCUCAAUGCAGCUGAAAGAUUUCCACCUAGACAGUGACACAGAUGUUGAUGAGGAAGAAGAAAAGGAAUCUGGAACAAAUAAGACGUGCCCUAAAAUAGAUGAAACCCCCACUAGAUUAGAUAUCAAGCCAAUUGGGCCUGAAUCUGCCCCUGCCACUCCUCACAGCCUGCAUCUAGACACUGACACAGAUGAUGAAGCUAUUCCUGCCCCUGCCAUCGGUGAACCCUUGGUGGUGUCUGGUGUCACAGAAUCAUGCACUACUGCAGACACAGGAGCUGAUUUGGAUAUUCUGUCUGACAGUGACACAGAUAUGGAAGACAAUUCUCCUCUGGUUGUACCUGUUGUUGUCACAACCUUGUCAGUUGCUCCUGGUACCACGUCAGAAGCUUUUCAGUCAGAUUCUGAUGCAGACACAGAUGUGGAUGAUUCCAGCGUGCCCCCUUCCGGGGAUGGGGUUAAUCCAGCCGACCCUAAAGUGGACAGUGACACAGAUGUGGAAGAUAAGGAGGUGGAUUUUGGAGAGGCAGGUGAGGGCCAGAUUCCUAGCCUGCGCGGAGAAAAUACACCUGGGUUGCUGGCUCCCCUUCUGCAGAACUGCUCUACUCCUGUACAAUUGACAGAAGUGGAAGAUAUGGAGACUCAGGCUUUCCUGAGUCCCUCUUCAGGUCCCUUUAGACGUACAGUAGCCCCUGCUGUAAGACCUAAAGCAUUGUCUUCCUGCUCAGACAGCCAGGAGGAUGAGGACUUUGUCGUGGCUGAGACGCAGUCCUUCGUUCUUCAGACCAGAGAUGGGCAGCGAAACCCUCCGGGGGAUCACACCAUGGAUCCCACCAAAGCUUUUGGCCUUGAGUCUUCUGGUGAUGAAAAAGUUGAACAGUCCAGCAGAGGAGGGUCUUUCCAGCUGGGAUUGUCUGAUAGCAGCCGCCUGCAGGGUCAGGCCCAAGCUCUAGCCAUGGAAAGCACCCAAGCUUUUCUCUCUGUGGAAGGGGGUGUGAAUCUGGAAGACACCCAAACAUAUGCAGCUAUCUCGAAUGCAAACAGAACCUCCUUAGAGAAUGAUUCAAAUCUGGAGGCUAAGGCAUAUGGAGAGGAUGAUGAACCUGCCAGAUGUUCAGUAAUGUCUGAAAAAGAAGGUCAGGUAGAUUUGGCCCUAGAAGCAACACAGGCAUAUAUUUCAGAGCCCUACAGUGAUUCAGAGGAUGAAACAGAUGAAGAUGAGAGAAAAAACACUGCUACUGCUGAGACUCAGCCAUUAGACUUUCCCACAUCAUCUACUCUUGCCAUGGCUGAAACCCAACCAAUGUCUGCCUUUGAGGAAGAGGAGAGUUUGGAUAAAGAAAAUCCUCUUUCCUCUGUAUUUCAAGUUAAGCCCAAACCACAGAAUGAAACAGAAGAGAGGGAAGAACAUGGGGAGGCAGCUCAACCUCAGGAGAGGCACCUCACUGAAGCUCUGUCUGUAGCUGAAACUCAGCCCAUGGCUACAAGUGGAAAUGAGGAAAGUGAUGAUGAGGAUUUGAUUCUCGGCCCACGAAAAAGAAAAGCAAAGCCACUCCAGCUUGAAGAGGAGCAGACACAGCCCCUCAUUAGUUCUGAAACUCAGCCCAUGGCUACAAGUGGAAAUGAGGAAAGUGAUGAGGAUUCGAUUCUCGGUCCACGAAAAAGAAAAGCAAAGCUACUGCAACUUGAAGAGGAGCAGACACAGCCCCUCAUUAGUUCUGAAACUCAGCCCAUGGCUACAAGUGGAAAUGAGGAAAGUGAUGAUGAGGACUCGAUUCCCGGUCCACGAAAAAGAAGAGCAAAGCCACUGCAAAUUCAAGAACAGGAGACACAACCGCUCACAAAUUCUGAGGCCUCCACUGUUGAAACACAGCCAUUGGAAACAAAAGCUACCCUGUGGCCUCAGAGGGGAAAGGGGAGACAAUUUGAAGCUGCAACCAGUGGCAUCAUUGUUAGAGAUAAAAGAGGGACCCGGGCAAAAUUAAGAGAAGAGGAGGAGCAGGCAGAGUGUUCUGAACCUCCCAAGAGACAGACAAGAGGGAAGAAUAAAGCAUUGCCAACUACCAGAGGAAGGAGAGGAAAAUCAAGGCCUGAUGAGAGUGAGGAAGAGGAGGAGGUAGAGCAGGCUAAGCAAGCUAGAGGGAAAAAAUCCAUGAGGCAAUGGAAAGAUGAUAAGGAAGAGGGAGAAAGGCUUGAAACAGAAAGAAACAAGUAUGAUGAAAAUAACAGCCUAAUAAAGGAACAAGUAGAAGGGAGAUUGGGAGAGGAGAAAGAUGUUACAGAGCUCAGACAACAAGAGAGAGAAAGAAUGGAGAAGGAAAGGGCAGAGAUCAAUGAAAGAGAAAGGAAACAGGAGGAAAGGCAGCAUAGGAGGGAAGAACAAGAAAAAUUAGAAAGAAAAGAGAAGGAAGAACAAGAAAGAUCGCAGGCUGAAAAUGCCGAAAGGUUAAGACUUGAGCAGGAGAGAGCAGAACAAGAGAGAAUAGAGAGGGAAAGAAAGGAAGAAGAAGAAAAGGAAAGAGCUGAUAGGACACAAAAGGAAAAAGAACUACUGGAGAGGGAAAGAAAAGAGAAGGAAGAAAAAGAGACAUUAGAGCGUGAAAAGGCUGAAAGAGAAGAGAGGGAGAUAUUGGAGAGAGAAGAGAAAGAGAGAAUAGAAAAGGAAAGAAAGGAACAGGAAGAAAAAGAAAGAUUGGAGACAGAAAAGAGGGAACUAGAAGAGAAACAUGAGAGGGAAAGACUGGCCAAAGAAAAACAAAUAAAAGAGCAACAAGAAAACAAAGAAGAAGAAAACAAGCCCAAAGCACCCGCAAGAAGUCGAAGAUCAGCCAGAAGAACAAUUGAUACCCCAUGUGCAACAGAGCCAGAACAAGACUCAACCAUAUCAACCAAUGAUGAUGUCCCAGCAAGGAGAACCAGAUCUCGCUCCAACUCUUCCAACUCUGUCAGCUCAGAGAGGUCUGCUUCAAGUGUUAACACCCAGCAGAGCCAGAGAGGCCGAGGCAGAGGAGCAAGGAGGACCAGUGAGCCACCCCAGGCAGCCAUCGCCAGAAGCAGUAAUAGAAGGAGGAUGGUGGCUGCAGAGCCAACAGAACAGGACAGUAAUGAUAUUUCUCCUCAGGGAGUCCUUUCAAGGUCUAACUCAACCAAGUCCCUCAACUCUGAGAUUUCCAGCUACAGCCUAAGCUCUCAGAGCAGAGGAAGAGGAGGCAGGCAGCGAGGACGAGGGAGGAAAACAGAGGCAGCCACCAUCCUUCCUAUCAAUAGUCAGAGUGAUCAGAAUUCAGCUCCCAAACCUUCAACCAGAGGCAGGAAGUGCAGGAAAGCAGAGGAAUCCUCUAAUGAGGUUACCCAUGAAGAUGAUAAAGAGAAGACAGACUCUCAGCAGGCUAGUACCACAAGGGGGCGGCGGAGAGCCAACGCAAAUGGCUCUGAACCUGCAGAAGACCCUUCAAAUCAGGAGGAAGGAUGUGCCAGUGAAGAAUCAUUUCUGCCUAAAAGGAAUGUCAGGGGCAGAGGCCAGAAAGCAGUAAAGAGCGAGACUGUGGAAGCACCAGUAGCUCCUGCAGUCAGUGAUGGAGAUGAGGCUAAAGAGAAAAGAAAAGGAAGAAAAAGAGAGUUGGAGGCAAAUACAGAAGAUGAUUCCAGCAGUAGCUCCAAAAUUUCCAAAGGGAAGGAGAAAGUCCAAACAACAGAGCCAGCAGACGAAGGAGCAAAAGGUGAAACGAAAGAUGAGAUUCCUCUCCAAGCUAAGAGAGGUAGAGUGUCCAGCACUCAAGCAAAGAAGAAUGCAAAAGAUUACCCCACUGAAGUGGAGGUGGAAGAAGAGAGUGAGAAAAUGGAGGAGGAGGCUGUUGAGAGAAGAGGCAGAGGUCGGCCAUCAGCGGUCAAGAAAAAGAAGAAAGAGGAGCCGGAAGAAAGUGGAACAUGUGUUGAUCAGGAUGCACACAUGGAAGCAUCAGAGCCCCAGACUCCAACCAGCAGUGUAUCCAGGAAGCGACAGGCUCUUGUGGACUCCUCGCCUGUGGCAAAGACCCCUCGCUCCUCCUUCGCUGCCACGGCAGCUAGUGGUCGAUUACGAGUUGCCAGCCAGACCUACAAGGUGCUGUUCACAGGCAUGGUGGAUGAAACAGGGGAGAGAGUGUUGGCUCGUUUAGGAGGCUGCAUAGCUAAAGGCAUGGCUGACAUGAACUGUCUGGUCACUGAUAAGGUGCGCAGGACUGUCAAGUUCCUGUGUGCAGUGGCUAAAGGAGUCCCUAUUGUCACCACGCACUGGCUGGAAAAGAGUGGUAAGGCUGGGAGCUUCCUGUCUCCUAAUGAUUUCAUUGUGAAGGAUCCGGAGCAGGAGAAGAAGUUCAUUUUCUGCCUGCAGGAGUCUCUGAGGAUUGCCGGCAGUCAACCUCUCUUACAGGGAUAUGAGAUCCAUGUUACAAAGUCAGUGAAGCCGGAGCCAGUUCAAAUGAAAGACAUAAUCACCUGCAGUGGAGCUACCUUUCUUCCUAAGAUGCCCACUUCUCACAAGCCUCAGACUGUAGUGAUUUCUUGUGAGGAGGACUGGCCGCUAUGUGGCCCGGCUCUCUCUGCAUCUAUCCCAGUUGUCACUGCUGAGUUCAUUCUCACAGGGACCCUUCAGCAGAAACUUAACUUUCAGACCCACUCGCUCUCUGCUCCUACAAGCAAUCUGCCAACUGCAGGAGGCAGAGGGAGGGGCAGGAAGAAGACUUAGUACCACCAGGGUAUAUUGUAAAAGAAUGUGGCACCGUCUGCGUGUAAGAAAUCUGCCACAGUGUGGUUUUUCCAUCGCUCAUAGAUUCCCUUUCAAAUCAGAGACCAGUAGAAACACUAGUGAGUCAGCUGUUUGCUGUAUGAAAGACUAGAAGAAUGUAUUUGACAUAUGCAGCAAAAGUUGAUCACUUGUUGUUCACUUGCAUGGUUGUAAACACACUGUAUACAUCCACAGUGUGCAUGUGUGUAAUUUUACUGUUAGCUGUCAAAUGUUAAAAACUAAUUUUACACGUAUAGCAUCACAUUGGAAAAGCGAUGGAAGAAGCAAAAUUUAGGAAACGUACCAAAGGGAUAAAGUGUCUCCAAUUUUUAUAUUUCAGAAAUCUACUUUCAGAACAGUCUUUUCUUACAAUCUUACCUUUUGCCUUGUACAUGUGAAGAAAACGUAGUUUUUAAAGUUGCAAAAGCUAAAAGCGAUGUUGCUGCUACACAGGGUGGGAAAUAAUUACCCAUUAACCGUCCUUGUCACGUUCCCCCUCUCAUCCUCCCCUGUGCUCCACCCCUCUCCUUGUACAACGAUAACAAGCAGAGCAGGAAUUAACACUGCUAAAUUGCUGCUACUCUCUAUGUGUGCUAAGUGCUUCAACUCACUCAGCCAGUUUGCCAGGUAACCAGCCAUGAAGUGGGAGUUGUAUAAUCAUGUUUGGGUGGUGAAAUAGUGGAACCGAUGGGGUCUGUUUUGAAAUCUGUCAGCUAUGGUGAUCAGUGGAUGAAAAAAGCUUGUUUCCUGUCCAGAUAAGAAGUGCGUAGUGCCUUUUUAUACCAAGGUAAUCAUGAACCCACCAGUGUGUCUGUUGUUCCUUUGUCCAUUAACCAUCACCAUCUACUCCAUUAAGGCUUCAUCCAUUCCUAUUACCUCCAGGGAUGAGACACAGAUAUACGCACCUGAAUGCUGAUGCUGCUUCUUCAUCAAUAUCUUAUAGUGUUUGUCCUUACCAUACAUUUACCUACAGUGUGUUAAUUUUUUGUAUGCAAAAAGACCAGUAUACAGAACUCACAUUUGCUUUCUUUCCUGACCCACUGUAAAUCUUUCAACUUGCUGCAGUGUUGAUGUAUUUAGGAUGGACUCUUUCACUUGUAACAAAGUUUGAUUUUAGAACUGUUAAAUAGCUUAUAUCUCAGUUUGGCACUGUCACAUCAUGAAGUCUGUCUGUAUUACCAAUGAAAACAUUAAAUAUUUUCUAUUAUGUUUAA